UUGAGAAACUUGUAGCUCAAAAUACCCGUAGCACUCCAUAGAACAUCAAAAGACAAAACAUACAUACCAGCUUUCAUGGCGUCCUCGGUUGGAUCCUCGAUUUGGAUCUCGAAUGGCAAGCGAGUCAAGUAUUCUCGAGAAUGUGCACUCCGGACUUCGGUUAUCACUUCCGGACAGGUUCUCCAAAAGAAGACGUUGACGAGGCCAUUGUAUAUACGACGUGUGCGUGAUCGCUCUUGAUCAAAAGGGAAACAAAAAAAUAUUUUUUUGCGGAGAGAAACAAGCAGUUCGUGUAAGCGCUGCUUUAACCAGUUUCUUUAAUAACUUACAAAAACGUUCAAUGGCUACCGCUGCUCCAGCAAACGCCUUCAGUGGCGAAGUGAGCAGCGUACGCACGGUUUUGAAUCUUCUCAAGUCAAUUCAAAUAAAAAAUAUCGCGACGUGCAAUAUAUACGACGAAGGAAUCACUUUCACGUGUGUCGAGACGCAUCGCAUCAAAGCCAUUGCAUACUUGCGACGGCACAUGUUUGAAUCGUAUCGAAAGCAACAAAAUCAAGAUAUACCGACAUUCGGCGUUGGGCUGAACACAUUGAUUGAUUGUCUUAGUCUGUUGGGCCCAGCAUCCACUCCCGCAGCAGACACUUGCAAAUUUCGAUAUUCUGUCACAGGAUCUCAUUUGGAAAUCAUCCGCGAUGACAGGGAGAACAAUGUAUCUACAAACUGCCGACUUGUUACACUUGAACCUGACGAAGAAAACAUGGAAUUGAGCUUAAAUGACGAUCGGAACUUGAGCCAGCAAUUAAUCAUGAAGUCGUCAUGGCUGAAAGAGGCGAUGAGUGAUGUGGACAACUCAUGUGAACGCAUAAUUAUGACAUUUUCGCCAACGGAUCCAUGCUUUUCGCUCUCUGGUGAAGGAAAUAUUGGUACUUUUCAGAUGGAAUACCAAGAGCAUUCCGAGCCGUUCAUCAGCUUCCACUGUCAUGAAGAAGCAUCAUACAGCUACCAUGCCUCCCAUAUAGCUUACUGCAACAAGGCGCUCGACCAGUCAGAUGAGGUAUCUUUACGCGUUUCACGGGACGGUGUGCUGUCUAUGCUGUUCCGUAUCCAAGAGUCUCACGUUGAAUUCACAAUGCUACCGUAUGACUCGAGCGCUUCAGGUGACGCAUAAUCCAUUUUAUAGGGAAGUGUCACAGCUUCUGGACUUUUCUGUCGUUAUCGUCAUACCACAGCCUCCUCUCGCUCUAUCUACACUCUCUGCACUCGUCUCCUCCUUACAAAACCAAACUGAAAAAACUUCCUCGCAUGAUACAUCUUACCUUGUACACUAGCUAAUUUCAAAGCCCACUGUUUACCUUCAAAAGAAGGAGCUCCUCAAAGAAUUACUUUCUUCAAUAUCCCAAGCCCUUUCGAUCGCUUCAUCAAAAAUAUAUCAAUACGACGCCUGCUGUCAUUUUAA